AUGAGGGGAGAGAAUGUCACCCAGGUCAGCAUGUUCAUCCUGGUGGGCUUCUCCACGGCCCCUCGGCUGCAGUAUGUGCUCUUCCUCCUCUUCCUGCUCACCUACCUCUUUGUGCUGGUGGAGAACCUGGCCAUCAUCCUCACCGUCCGGACCAGCUCCUCCCUCCACAGGCCCAUGUACUACUUUCUGGGCUCCAUGUCUUUUCUGGAGAUCUGGUACGUAUCUGACAUCAACCCCAAGAUGCUGGGUGGUUUCCUCCUGCAGCAGAAACACAUCUCCUUUGUUGGGUGCAUGACUCAGCUCUACUUCUUCAGUUCCUUGGUGUGCACUGAAUGCGUGCUCCUGGCCUCCAUGGCCUAUGAUCGCUACGUGGCCAUCUGCCACCCCCUGUGCUACCAAGUCAUCAUGACCAUGGGGCUCUGUGUCCAGCUGGUGGUCUUCUCCUUUGUGAGCGGCUUCUCCAUCUCCGCCAUCAAGGUGUACUUUAUCUCCAGCGCCACGUUCUGUGGCUCCACUAUCGUGAAUCACUUCUUCUGUGACAUUUCCCCUAUCCUCAAACUAGCCUGCACAGACUUCUCGACUGCAGAGCUGGUGGACUUCAUCCUGGCCUUCAUCAUCCUGGUGUUUCCCCUCAUGGCCACCGUGCUCUCCUAUGGACACAUCACCCUGGCUGUCCUGCGCAUCCCCUUGGCCACUGGCCGCUGGAGAGCCUUCUCCACUUGUGCCUCCCACCUCACCGUGGUCACCAUCUUCUAUACGGCCAUGAUCUUCAUGUACGUCCGGCCCCAGGCCAUCGAUUCCCAGAGCUCCAACAAGCUCAUCUCUGCUGUUUACACUGUCCUCACCCCAAUAAUCAACCCGUUGAUCUACUGUCUGAGGAACAAGGAAUUUAAGGCUGCCUUGAAAAAGGCUCUUGGGCUAGGUCACUCUUCACAAUAG